AUGGCCGGUCUUGCUUUCAUCCUACUUUUCUUUUUCUACAACCCUCCGGACUUCCGUCUCCUUCGUCGAAACCAAACAAAGUGGCAAGCGCUGGCAAGAAUCGACUGGCUAAGCUUCGGAAUUUAUCUUGGCUCAAUCGUCUGUUUCCUACUUGGUAUAUCCUGGGGCGGCCGGCAAUAUCCUUGGGGAUUUUCACGCGUGAUUGCUACAAUUUGUGUUGGCACUGUCGGAUUUGCCAUUUUUCACUCUGGGGCAAGUCCUCGAACCCAGCAUAAUUGCGAAGUGGCUGCUGAGGGCAGACUGAUCCCGUUCUACCUGUUCAAAAAUCGCGACUAUGUGGCUUUUGCAAUCACCGGAGCUGUUGGCUCUAUGAUCUUCUAUGCGCCGAGCGUGAUUUACGGUCAGGAAACCACAAGCUUGUUUGGCGCCUCACAACGAAAAUCUGGCUGGUACUCAUUAGCAAUAACUGCUGGACCUCCCGCCGGGCAGCUUCUGGGAGGGGCUUCGACGAAACCUCUGGGUCACACAAGAUUACAACUGAUCGCCACAUGCGAGACCUUCGCCAGUCGUAUUGGCGGAAUCGCCGGCGUCACCCGUAACACGCCCGCAAUGUCAGUGGCAUUCACAAUCAUAUCAGCAAUCAUGAUCGGCUAUAUGGAGGUUGUCAUUCAGCUGCAAAACCAACUAACCCAGAACGUGCUGAAGUACGUGGUCCCUGCGGCUGUUCAGGCUGGCCUUCCGAAUGAUUCAGUAUCAAAUGUUCUACAAGCCAUUGCUUCCGGUGUAUCGUCUAAACUAGAGGCGGUCCCAGGCGUUGAUGCCGCUGUGUUGGUCGCUGUGGGGAGCGCUGUCAAGACAGCGUACGAAGUGACGUUCAAGGUCAUUUUCUUGGCCAGCCUCGUGUUUGGAGCUAUUUCAAUCGCCGCUGCUUGCACUGCCAGGGACCUCGAUUCACACAUGACAUCGAGCAUUUCUUGCAGGCUACAGCACGUCCCCGUCAAAGUUGCUCCCAGUUAA